AUGGGUGUGAACAUUGAGGCUACCCUCCAGUCUCUGACCUUGGAGGAGAAGAUAGCUCUCCUUGCUGGCAAGGACUUUUGGGAGACCGUUCCGAUUCCUGGAAAAGGGGUACCUGCCAUCAAGACAAGCGAUGGCCCAAACGGCGCUCGUGGGGAAGUCUUCACUGGAGGCACGAGAGCAGCAUGUUUCCCAGCAGCAGUCUGCUCAGCGGCAACAUUCAAUCCAGAAUAUGCUCAAAAGAUAGGCAAUGCAUUGGCCGAGGAAACGAAGACGAAGAGUGCGAGAGUCCUGCUUGCGCCCACAAUGUGCAACCAUCGACACCCUCUUGGAGGCCGCAAUUUUGAGUCUUUCUCUGAAGACCCCCUUCUGGCUGGUAAAAUGGCUGCCAAUGUUGUCAAGGGAGUCCAGGAGCGCGGGAUUGCCGCCACCAUCAAGCAUUUCGCAGCAAACGAGCAAGAGACGGAACGUCUGGCGGUCGACGAGGUUGUGUCUGAACGUGCGCUGAGGGAAAUCUACAUGAAGCCAUUUGAGAUCUCAGUCAAGGAAGCCCAAUCCGUGGGGUAUUCGCACGAAUUCUUGCUCAAGCAAGUCCUCCGCGGAGAAUGGGGCUGGGACGGCCUGGUGAUGAGCGACUGGGGCGGCACAAACUCUACUGCCGACGCGUUGAAUGCCGGACUGGACCUCGAGAUGCCAGGACCAACACGACACCGAAGCGUUGAAGCUGUCAUGGCAGCCGUCAAGAAAGGCGAGGUCACCGAGGAGACCAUCACUGAGAGAGCGAAGAACGUGCUGAAGCUCAUCGAGAAGGUUGGUGCAUUUGAGGACCCAAGCAUUCCACCAGAGCAGUCUAUUAACGAUAACGAUAUUCUACCUCUCAAAAAAGAGGAUGUCAAGGGCAAGAAGAUUGGUCUUUUUGGUCUGGCAAAAGAAGCUCUCAUUCACGGCGGAGGCAGCGCAAGUCUCAAUGCGCACUACCGUAUUUCACCCGAAGAAGGCCUCAAGGCUGCUUACGGCAACGACGUCGAGUUCAAAUUCGCAAAGGGCGCGCACACAUAUCGCCUACUUCCCCCAUUAGCACAUCACUGCACUGAUCUAGAGGGCAACUCUGGCUGGACCCUGGAGCAAUUCCGCAGCGGUCAAACAGACAAGCCAACCAAGACAACACACAAGAUCAAGGAGUCUGCGUUCAGCCCCGUCCUCGACGUCGAAGCGAAGGAUCGUGAGGUCAGGCUCACGGCAACAUUCGUGCCAACAGAGUCUGGCUCACAUUACCUUGGAUGCUCAGGCUGCGGACCUACCACCGUCACCAUCAACGGUGAGCAGGUAUUCGAACAGAAGCACAACUCACCCGAUCCUAUGGGCUUCCUGCUUGGCGGUAACCCCGAAAAGGAGUUUACUGUAUCCUUCGAGGCAGGCAAGUCUUACAAGGUCGUGAUCCAUUCUAAGCCACCAGCCGGCGGCAAUCCCGAGGAAUGGAGCAUUCUCGCUGGCCUUCCCGGAUUCCGCAUGGGCUUCAUGAACGCUUCAGAGCACGAUCUAGACAUGGUAACACAAGCGCGCGACCUCGCGAAAGAAGUCGACAUCGCACUCGUCUUCACCGGACACACCCCAGCCUGGGAGACCGAAGGCCAAGACCAACUGAGUUUCAACCUCCCCCGCGAUGGCAGUCAAGACAAACUCGUCGAAGUAGUCUCAGCCGCGAACAAGAAAACCAUCGUCAUCAACAGCACCGGUGUCGCCAUCGCCCUCCCCUGGCUCCCCAACAUCGCCGCCUUGGUCCAAGCAUGGUUCCCUGGCCAAGAAGCCGGCAAUGCCAUUGCAGACAUCAUCUCUGGCGCCGUGAACCCCUCGGGCAGACUUCCCAUCUCGUGGCCCAAACGCAUCGAAGACGCACCCGCGUACGGCAACUUCCCCGGCGAGAAGAAAGACGGCCAACUCACCGUGCGCUAUGAAGAGGGCGUCUUCGUCGGAUACAGACACUACGAUCGCGUCGCGAAAGAUAAAGUACACUUCCCAUUCGGCUUCGGUCUGUCGUACACCACUUUCUCCCUGUUCGGCGGACACGUCGCGCAGACCUCAUCCGACUUGUUCAAAGCUACCGUCGCUGUGAAGAACACUGGCAAAACUGCUGGUUCUACUGUCGUCCAGUUGUAUGUCGGCAGAAAGGAGCAGUCGUCUGAGCACCCGAUCAAGACGCUCGCUGCGUUCAAGAAGACGACGCUUGACCCGGGACAGGAGAAGAGUGUGGAGUUGGAAGUUGGGCUCAAGGAUUUUGCGUACUUUAACGAGGCGGAGAAGAAGUGGAAGGUUGACAAGGGCUUGUAUGACUUCUCUUUUGGACAGUCGGUUGCGCACGUUGAAAUUGUGGCUACAGUGGAGAUUGAGGGGACGAAGGAAGUGCUGGGCAAGCUCUGA